CGUAUUGCUGUCAACAUUAACUUUGUAUAGAGAGAGUUUUGGUCGCAAAGAAAAUUUUCAUUUCUAUCGAUUUAAACGUCUCCACGCGAUCCUUUGGUACCCGAAAACCCUGUGAAAUAACAACGAUCGGUGGUAUUGUUUGAUAUGAAAUGAAAACCGAAACAUCGCGCGUGUCGAUUCAUCGAGAAUUGUUUGCAAAUUGAGUACAAUUACGAGGAUCCAAACGAUUGUAAAUAACGGAGUGGAAACGAGAACGGCAAAACCGCGUUCAAUUUAACACGUUGACUGUUACGGUGGCCACUGGUGACCGACGAUUUAAACAUUAAUCGAGUUUAUUGCCAAUGAAUGACAUUAAUGAAUACUGUAACUAUCGGUGUGGAACGGAGACUUGAUACAAAAUCGAUCUUGGUUCCCUCUGCUGAAAAGUCAUCUGAAAUACUGCAAUUCGACUGGUAGCUCUAGCGUUAAGAGAUGAGCACUUUCAUCGCCAGCCAGAUCGAAAAUUGUCAAAUUUCUCUCAUAGCGGUCGGUUCGCGCACGCUCGGCGUCGUUUUCCCGCCGAUGCGUGGGCGACGCGUGUCAGGAACGAGGUUCGCAAACAGUAAGGGACUCUUUGCAUCGGCGUAACGAGUGUCACGGUAGUCCAUUGCUAUUAUGAUCGUGCGGCAAUGCGCCUGGCGGUUUCCGCGCGAGGCGGCGUGUCGGUCGACCGAAGAGGAGGAAUAGUAUCGUAGGAAUAGGCGGCGGUGCUGGAGGAGUAGGAGGUGGAGAGUAGGUUGCGCGCGCGGCCAUUUUGAUAAUCUCCCACUCCUCUGUCUCACUCCUCCGCUCCUUGCUUCUCCUCCAGGGUUCCGUCUCUCUCGGCAAUCCUUGCCCCGUCUCUGUCGGUCUCGCUCGGUUUCUGUCUCGCGUGCACGCAUACCGAGUUUUCUACACACUUAACCGGGUAGUACAUGCGCGCGCGUACACACGUACACGAAGAGGCACGAGAGAGGAUGAGAGUGAAACAAACGACGGAGCGAGAGAAGAGUCAGGUAGCGGAUGGCGGAGGAGGGGGCGGAGAGGGUGGUGGUCCGUAGACAGAGAAUCGGUGCGUACUUUUUUUCUCGUGCUCGUAGCGCAUAGCGAGCUUUUGCGGCAAAAGAGCGUGUGCGGAGGAGAGUCGCCCCCGUGGUCGCUAGUGUCGCGAUUUCCCUUCUCUCUCUCUCGUUCCCGCACUCUCGGUACGACGGUGCGCGCACACGUACGCGUCUGUCGCGUACCUACUGCUCUCGGCCUGCAUACGCGCGCGCCUCUGUGUAUCUCUGCCGUCUAUCUCGCUCCUUCGGCUCUCCCUCUCCUCGUCUCGACCGGAAGGUGCCAGUUUCUCGUCGACGAUCGUCUCGUGCACACUUGCGCUACGUCGUCGCCGUUUCGUGAAUCGUCGUUAGCCUCGGACAUCGUCGUCGUCGUUGUCGUCGCCGUCGCUGUCGCCGCGCAUAACCAACUUGGAACACGGCUGCUGCGAUGUAAACAAAUUGGAUUACGAGUGUCGCGACCCUCGGCCGAAUUCCGAGGAGAACGAGCAAGAGCAGUCGCCCGCCGCGUGUGCCCGUCGACCAGUGCAAGUAAACAAAGAAUGUUGUCGCGUCAAGGAGACUCGUCGCGAUCGGUGUGCAAUUUGUCGCAGUUGUUGCGUCCUCGCGCGGUUUCCCGUUCUUUCUCAAAUUUCUUCGCGCGUUGCCUGGCGUGUUUCGCCGUUGUUCCACCGUCGAUGAUAACUUGAUUCGUUCGAUCCGGAUCGAACGGGAAUUAAGGUGUUUACGUCGAGAAGUGUGUACGUGCCUUUUAAUCAUUCGUGGUGAGUCGUUGCACGGCAUGGUUCCACGAGCGGGAGCGCGCGCUUCUGGAUUAGCCGCUCCUCUCGUGCGUUUCGAACGCUGAUCGGUUUCGGAAUCGUGUUCCGCCUGUUCCCCGACGAAAGAAUGAGAAUGUUUUCACGCGUCGUGAACCUCGCGUCGCCAUCGGCGUGCCGUCGACCCGUUAUCGGUAUUUCUGGUGAUAUUAGUGAUCGCUGUUCUAGUGACAACUUUUACUCAGGAUUAUUUUUGGAUAUUGCGACGAUCGGUCGACUCGUACGUUCCUGAACGCACGUUUUGCACGCGUCCUGACGUCUCCCACAUUAAAAUGAGUUUGAAGAAAAUUGGUGUGGACCGGGACCGGCUUCGGGAGCGGGAACGACAGGCCCGCGCGGCGAUGUCGGUCCAGGCCGAACAGGCGGCUGCGGGAGGUGGUCCUGACACCAGACACCAUCACCAUGGCCAUCAUAAUCACGCUCACCAUCAUGCUAAUCCGCAUGCCGUCGCCGCUCCGCUGUUUCGUGCUCCCGUCAGGGUUAACCCGGACGCUCGGGACAGCACGACGCAGCAGAUCCAAUCGAAACUGGGCAACUAUUCUCUGGUGAAGCAUCUCCUGGACGAGCCGAAACGGCUGAUCGGCAUCGAGGGUGUGCCGCCUAGCCCUGCCCCGUCCCCGUCGCCCUCGUCCCUUCGAACGAGUUCCAGCUCGGUCGGCACGAAUUCCAGAAGCUCGCCGUCCGCCCAAGAAUUCAAGAAACCCGGUGGACCUCGGUCCGGCUCGUCGUCAUCGUCGUCCACGUCGUCCUCGUCGUCGUCGAGUCAUCAGCGCGGCGGUUUCGUGAAACCGGCCGACGGGAAGCCACCGUACGGGGGCAGGGGCGGCUACCCCGGACAGCCGGUGAAGCACGGGAGCAACAACAACGAUCAUCGCAGUCACGGUUUAUUACCCGCCAAAGGACCGCCCCCGAAUUCACCCGGGAACGGUACGCUCGUUGGCAAUUCGAAUAUUGGGAAUUCCAGCGGCAGCAGCAGGCUUCACUGUGCCGGCAGCAGACUGUCCAGGUUACCUCUCGAUAACGGGACGAGUUCGAGGCCAGGUCCGACCGAGAAUUCAGCCGAUUUGGAGAACAUUCUGAAGGAAAUGACCAUGCCGCCCACGCCUCUGACGGCCAUCGCCCAGACGCCGAGGAAGGAGCUGGAGUCAAAGUUCACGUUCAAUCCCGUGCUGGCGAAGUUGACCGAGGUGCCGCCGCCGGAAGCCACGAAGCCCCAGCGCGAGAGGCACACCGCCAACAGGCUAUCCGCAGAUUUGGAAGGGGACCUGAGAUUGUCCGAGGACAGCGACGAUGAGACGAACAAGGGAACGACGUCGCGGACAACGAGGGGAAGCAGAAGCCCCGACCUCACGGUCGAUUUGUCGACGCCACUGAUACCGGCGAUGACACCAGCACCACCCCCUCUGGCGCCCAUGUCACCCAUGGGGUUGUCACCCGUGGGACCCUUGUCGCCGACGAGGCCGCUAAGUCCACCCAGGCCGUCGUCGCCGCCGGCGAAGCAGAUGACGCCCGAACGAGUGUUGUCGCCUCCGGCGGUCAGUCCUCUGCAGUCCAAGGUCUCGACGAGCCCGACGAUCCAUCAGAGGCCGCCCAGUCCACCGGGCCAGGUGCCCCAGAGUUCCGGAAGCGCGAGCUCCAGCUCCGAUUCCGGUUCCGAUUCCGGCUCGGACAGCAGCGACGACUCCGAGGACGACACCGGCGCCCAACCCGCCAAAGGUCCCUCGACGCCCCCCUCCCUGUCACCAAAGAACGACAAUCUGAUCGAGGAGCCGCCGCCCGCGAUAGAGGAAUCAAAACCCAGGUGGAACCUCAGCUCCUUCUUCAACAAGACGGCGGUGCCGCACGGCGAGCAGAACUCGGAGAACAAACAGCCGCAGGACUGCAACAGGCGGCAGAACUCACCCGUGGCGACCACCGUGCCCAGGACGCACAGGGACAAGACCGCGGCGCUCGAUUGGAAGCUGGACGAGGCUCUGAAGAGGACUCACAACGCGACGAUGAUCAGCCUGCUCAGCGACAGCGAUCACCACUCGGACCAGGACAAGAGCCAGUUGGUGGCGGAGACGCGGCCGCAGACGGAGAAACCAAAGGUGGCGGACGCGAGGAAACGCGGACGACCCAGGAAACCGACCAAGAGCCCGAAGGCCGGACAUCGGACGACGGAGGACACGCUGAAGACCGGAAAGCCACGCAGCAGAACGCGGGGUGUCGGCAGCCCGGUGAAGAAGAAGCAGCCGAUCUCCAAGGCGACCAUCGCGACCAGCGACGAUGGCAGCGACGACAGGUCGCAGGGUGCUUCGAGCGCGUCCGACAGCGAUCGUCCGACCAGGGUGUCGCCGGUGGUCGCUGCCGUGAUCAGCGAGAAGAGGCGGACCAGAUUGAGCGGCUCAUCCAGCGAGGACGAGAAUCCGACGAACGUUAAGCACAACAGCGCCUCCGAGGACGACACCACGCGAUGGAGGAGAGUACCGAUCAAGAGGAGCAAGCCCGCGGACUCGCCCAAGAAGCAGGAGAAGAAGAAGAGCCCCGCGAAACCGAAGUCCAGGAAGUCUAGCUCGAGGGUGGCCAACGUCGGCGGGUCCGACUCGGACAGCGAGUCCGAGGUGUCGGUGAGGAACAGCCGUAUCCAAGUCGCGAGGGUACCUCCGAGGCCAAGGGCGCCUCCAACGCGGACGACUUCUCCGGAGAACUCGGACAGCGACAACAGUCCAGGCCCGAAGCUGCAAGAGGAGGACGCCGGGAACGUGCAGGACAAGAAGAAGAGCGACACGCUUCGCAGGGUGUUCUCUACUUCGGUGGGCGGUGGGAAGGGCGGCGGUAAGGGUGGAAAGGGCGGAAAAGGCGGGGGUAAAUGUGGGAUUUACGUGGAGGAGUACACGACGUCCGCGAAUACGCCUACCGGGGGUGAAAGCCCUUACAAAAGGCCGUCGUCGCAGGCGUCCAGCAUCAUUCAGUCGUUCCCGCCGCUCACGUACGUGAACGGCGUGUCGAGUUUGUACUGCAGGAUCGACCUGAGCAGGCUUCCGCAUAUAUCGCAGCUAUCCAGGGGUCAGGAGCUGAGACAGCGCACGGAGCUGCCGGACACGAGGCCGUCGUCGCGACAGGCGUCCGCGUUGGCCGCCCAGGCCCCGCGGCCGCCCACGCCGGAGGAGGGCGAGAUAGUGGACACGCCGCCGCCUCAGCAGCUGACCACGGACACCAGGAGUCACCACGGGGACGGUUUGUUGGGGGACGGCGAUCACAAGAAUCGCGCGGUGAUCAAAGGCGAGCCGAUCUUAGACUCGAAGAACAGUUGCGGCGGUGUCGUAGGCGGAGGUGCUAGUGGGGGUGGUAGUGGUGCUAGUGGCACGGGUAGCGCGCCCAAGAGGAAACGUAAUCCGAGUUGUAGUUCCGUGUCCAGUUUGAGUAUUGUGUGUUCGGUGGAGUCGAAGGGUAAGGGUACGGGCGAGCACAAAGAGAAGAAGAAGAGGAAAAGGAAACACGCCGACGUAGAGGCUGUUCUAUCGAGGCCAUCUUCCAGCCAGGUAAACCACGCCAAAGUUUCGCCAAUAAUCUUUACGCGCGAGCGACGCUCGUAUCGCGUCUACGAUACGGCGACGCUCGACGUAGCUAAGCGUAAUGUAAAUAUCGUUGAACAGCAAAGCGAUAUACAGCCAACGAAUCACGAACGGGAAGAAAAGCCCGACACGAGUCUAUUGCCGCCCCCGCCCCCGCCUCAGCGCGUCUAUUAUUCCUACUUCAAUCCUCAGAACGAAGUGUUGGAGGAUCAGGAUAGGUGGGACCAGAAUCAGUACCUGAUGGAAGCGAAACGGCUGAAGCACAGCGCCGACAAGGAGUGCGAGCUCACGGCGCAGGGUAUGCUUUACCUAGAAGCCGUUCUCUGUUUCCUGCUCACUGGCAAUGCCAUGGAGUCGGAUCCUCUCACCGAGAGGGCGUCGUUCACCAUGUACAAGGAUACUCUUAGUCUCAUCAAGUACAUCUCCUCGAAGUUCAAGAGCCAGCAGAACAACUCACCGGAGAGCAAUAUACAUAACAAGCUGGCCAUUCUAAGCCUCUUUUGCCAGUCCCUCAUAUACUUGAAGCUCUUUAAGAUGCGCAGACACGAAGUGAAAGAGAAUCAAAAAAUUCUCACCGACUAUCAUCAGAAGCCCGCUCAGGCGACCCCGGUGCAACCGGAAGGACAAGGAACGCCUUCUCUGUCGCCGACACCCUCGCCGGCCGGUUCCGUGGGUUCCGUCGGUAGCCAGAGCUCCGGGUACAGCAGCGGCGAGCUGGCGAACCGGGGGGCCGCUUCCGGUCAGCCUCAGGUAGCGCCUUACGUUAGCGUUCCGCUCAGCGCUCACAACGCUAUGGCGAAACAAAAUCAUCAUUUUGGUUUGCUGCUGAGUUGUCAUGAUCUCUGGGACCAGGCGUACGCUCUGGUAACGGACAAGCAUAGAGAAUUCUUCAUCGAGCUGGAUGAGAAAUUGGGACCCCUCACGUUGAAAAGUUCGCUGCGCGAUCUGGUGCGUUACGUUCAGGCUGGCAUAAAGAAGCUCCGAGAUCUCUGACCACAGUGGCAUAGCCCCCGGCCACCCACCCCGAACUACAUCACUUCUCUCCCGCAGAACAUGGCCACGUAUCCGACGAUGUUCACGUAGAAUCGGUCGCGACGCGUCGAACGAGCUUCGCGGGAUUCGGGACUAGCUACGGAACGCCACGGUCCGUGCGCCAGCGGUGUGUGAUACGCGUUAGACAAAUUUCGGAGGAGCGGAGGAGAGAGAAGUCGAGUUCGUUCUUAGCAUGCAAGGACCGUUCUCUCGUUGGGGGUGGCAAGAAGAAAGGAGAACCGGUGGUUGUGGGGGGAAUAUCCGGCCGCGAGUAUGAGCGUGGGGAUUGCACUCGCUCGCACCUAGGACAGCUAAAUCAGUUUCUCCCUUUUGGAUCGCGUUCAGUUGAAGCGCCCCGGCAUUUUUUGUUCGACUCUUAGGCAUCAACUUUAGUCAAUUCGAAGCGACUCGUCUAACCGGUGAAGGGCCAGAGAUGGGGAUUCCCGUGGAUCCGUUCCCGAUCGCGCGGAGAAACUACACCCGGUACACUCUGCGCGUAGCGUGCAUUACUUAUUCUUGGAGACGAGGCUUUAUCGCCGAUGGAAUUAUGUGGAGACUGACGGCGAUGCGAAAUCGGAGAACGAUAACGGAAGAUAAUAACACGUACGUUCGAAAAGUUAAACGUUCUUUUGUUUGUAAAUUAUCGAGAUGAAUCGAAAUCGAGGGGAAGUAAGACGAGGGGGAAGGAGGGAGAAGGUAGAGUGAAGAAUAUAACGAAGAAGGAAUAAGAAGUGCCACAGAAGCGCCCGUGUGUUCUCGCUUUACGGUGCGCCGCAGCCGACGUUACCUGAAGCAUGAGUUUCGUUUUGGCGAUUCGAGUGCGACGAAUACACAAGGAUAUAUACAUAUAUGCAUAUAGUUUAUUACCUAUAUAAAUAUAUAAAUAAUUAUAAAUAUAUAUAUUAUAUAUAUACAUAGAUAUGAAUAUAUUUAAUGAAAAGAGAGAACCAACGCGUCACGCACGCCUGAGUUUCGUUUUUAGCAAAAAAAAAAGAAAAAAAAGAAGAAAAAGAAAAAGGCGGUCGCGAGAUUCGUGAGGUUGGGAGAGAAAGAGAGCGAGAGAGAGAGAGAGUGAGAGAGAAUGUGGGUGAAUUGGUGCGAUGUAUUUUCUCUUCGGGUGGAGAGGGAUGUGCGCCGCGCGCGAGCAACAAGAUCAACGGUCGAUCACGAUCGACGCACUAUAAACGAAAAUACUAUUGUCGAACGUCUACGAACGACGGACGCACGACUCUUUUUGUAGAUAGGUUACAGAAAAAAAAAGAAAGAAAAAAGGUAACUUAGAUUAGAUAAUUAAUACGCAACAAGGAGGAGGACAGAGAGAGAGAGAGAGAAAAAAAAAAUGAAGAGUUAAACGGUAACAAAAAACAAACCAACCAAUACACAUAUUAUUUAUAUUACUUAGAACUUAAACGGGGAAUAAGUAGAGGUUCUAGCGAUGAGAAACAAGAAAUAAAAAAAAGAAUAUUCAGAUAAUUGUACGUAUAGCGCAUACCACACACAUUAUACAUAGUGCGAUUAAAGGAGAAAUAAUAAUAAUAAUAAUAAAUUUAAAAAAAAAAAAAAAGUGAGAAAGGAAAGCGAGAGAACAAGGCACCGCCAGGACGCGAAGUAAUAAGAGAUCUCGCGUGUAACGGAGGGAUAGACCGCGCGCACGCUCUCUCGCGUUACACGGGACGCAGAAGAGGAAUUUAAUCGAAGGAAACAAAGGAAAAAGAAAAAAAAAAGAAAACAAGCGUAACGGAUAAGCAAGUUGCUCAUGUGUAUAUUUUUGUAAAUAGGUAUUUGCGAGUGCCGCCGCCUUGAGGGCGGCCUGUCGACGCGUCGCAAAGCGCGCCAGGCCGGCCCGCCCCAAUUUUUGCUACCACAAAUCUUAUCGAGAAUCAGGAAAUUUCUGGUAAAAAAUGAAAGAAAAAAAAUAUUAAAAUACACGAACACACAAGAUGUUACAGACAUGUCCGCCGAAUUUGUCCCGAAGGUUCUUUCCGAGUCUAGUUCUUACUCGUAACACUAAGAUAAUUAUUUUUCUUUUUUAUUCGUUUGUCGAUCGUACGUACUCACUCUUCAUCCGCGCCUUCCACGAAAAAAACGAAUUGGUUCCUGUCGUCGUUUCCGUUAGCGUAUCGCUACUUUCUGCUUCCUUUCGUUUGGUUUUGUUUUUUCUUUGUUUUUCCGUUACCGACAGAAGCGAGCGAGAAACCGUUUUGUCGCAGAUGCGCGCGCUAUUCACGCGCGACUUUCCUCUACUUUCAUCGAUCCACCGACUGCGUGGCCGAGGGAACGAAAAAAAAGGCUUGAAGCGAACAAAGUAUACGAGGGCCUGAGCGUUCACGUGCUUCUCUGUCUUUCUCGAUAAAAAAACGGCGAAUUCGAUUCGAUCGCGCAUUCGCGACCGGAAAUAGAAACGGGGGACGUCGAAGAACGGAGCGAGAAGCGUUAGCAAACGAUCCCGUCGGCACACGGACGCGCGAAAACACCGAUAUCUUAUCAAUCAUUGGACCACUUAUCGUCGAAGCAAACUUAUCUCGAGAACCACGGUCGAACAUAUCCGAACGUAAAGCUUAACCCGAUCGAAAGAGCCGUCUUUUUUUUCCUGUUCGUUAGAAGUUAAAGUUGGACCAAUCUGUCGUUCCGUGGUGGCCGAAUCGGUCGGUUUGCUAACACUUUUCCGAGCUUGGAACCGCGAUCGAGAACAACGAUUGGGCUACGGUUGACGAGAUCACGGGGACCCAUAGAGUUACUAAGCGCGGUCCAAUGGUUCACGGGAUACAAUUUUAUACCUCGCGUGCGCGUGCACACGGACGCAAAGGACAAGGAGAACUAAAAAAAGACAAAAAAAAAAAAGAGAAAGAGAAGUCUAUUAAAAAGUUUUGAUAUUUUCGAGACACAUAUUUAUAGCGGAUACGUAUAUAAAUAUCAGGCCCUUCGUCUCGUCAGCCGGUAAAACGAGCACGCGGGAUCGAGCGAUCGAAAUCGAACGCGUUUCACGCGCUUUUAUCGAGAAAUGUGUUGGUCGCGUGCAUGGGUGGUUUUCUGCGUGUGCAAACGGGUGUGGAACGAGCGUAAUCGUCCGCGGUUUUCCUUUUUUUUUUUUCUUUUUCUUUUUAUUAUUAUUAUUAUUGUUACUAUUAUCGUUGUUUAAAGUAGUAGACGCAGCGGACCUCGCGCACAGAGGCAUUCUUUCUUUACUUUCGGCGAGUCUACGGUUCCUACUUGACCUCCAAAGACGAAAAGCGAAGGGUGCUGUCGUUCCGAUUACUAUUGCCACGUAGGGGUUUGGAGGACAGACGGUUCUUUUUAAAUGUUUAUCUGGACGCGAUCUUUUCUUGUUUCGUUGUUUUUUUUUUUCUUUUUUUUUCUUUUGGUUUGUCAUUUGAUCGACUCCAGGUCGGUUCGCGUGAACCUUUGCUACGGUUUAAAAAAUGAAAUUUUAUCGUCACGCGUAUAUUAUCAUUAUUAUCGCAACCUUUAUUAUUAAUUUUAUUAUAUUAUUAACAUUAUUAUUAUUAAUAUUAUUAUUAUUAUUGAGUUAUUGGUACUACAAACGUUAUAUUUCGAGGUAUUUAUACGAAUGAAUGGGAUGGAUCGUGAGGUAACGAGAGUGUUGGGGGGGGUUUCGCGUGUCUGCCUGAGUGUGUGUUUGCGUUUGUACGGGAACAGCGUGAGGAUCGAGAGGGGGGAAGGGGUCAAAGAGAAACAAUGCAGGUCGCGACGACGGUUUGUACAUUGUAUCCGACACAGCAGCAAGAAAUGGUUUUUUUUUCGACGGGUUUGAUGGAAGUUUGUCGAGCGUACAUAUUAUAUAUACAUAUGUAUUAUACAUAAUAAUCUCGAAGUUCAGUUUAAUUGCCGUUUGAUUUUUGUCUUCUUUACCCGCUACGCCGUAAACUGUAAUAUAACUGUUAUAUACAUGUAUACAUGCAGAAACACACACAGAGACACGAACACGAGCAUAUAUAAACAUAGACAUGCAAUCAUAAUUAUAUUGUUAUAUAAAUAGUAUUAUAUGAUAAUUAUUUUACUAUACUCUCGUAUACGGUCACACUGCGUGCCACCAAAUUCCGAUGCUAAACGCGUUGCUCCGGCUGGAGAACUCUUCGGCCCCUCGCGAACGUGCCAACGAAAAAAAAUAAAUAAAUAAACAAACGAUCGGGUAUCUUUUAAUCGUCCGAGAAGCGUGGAGAGGUGGGGGUGGAGAAUCGGGGUUCAGUGAAAUUCGCGGAUAAACCUUUAACGAACAUUUCUAAAAAGAUAGAUCUAUAUUUCUAUUUCGAGAGGAAACGGAACGGGGUCGAAGAGGGCUCGUCUUUCACGGUGACCGAGCAGCCGUGUGCGUUGGUAGCAACGAGCAAUGCACAAGCAAUUUAAUUAGUUACGUAUCGCGUGACGGCGAUCGACGCGCGCCUAGGGGUGGACUCUGUUCACGAUUCGAGGGGCAGUCUCCGAGCGAAACGGUAAACACGGCCGUGCCCCGAGAAUAGAAAAGAGAUCUCGUCGUCUCUUUGUCGACCCGGCGGCCGGGAACCGUGCGUGCAGUUUCCGAAUGCAGACCCGACACCGUCACUCGUCAGAGUCCCCCGGCUCGCCCGACUUCCAUUCGCGAUCGCCGAUAAUCGCGCGUCGAUCCGCCACGCUUCGAACACGGGGAUCGUCUCGGACGACGGCCGGACGAACGAGCACCAAGCAAGCAGUUUUUGCAGGAUUGCAAGGGAGGCAGCGAGAGAGAGAAUGAGCGUGCGAGUGACUGUGUGGCGCGGCUUGCUGUUGCGGAAGAGAGCGUUGAGACAGAGGGUGAGGAAAGGCAAAGGGAAUGGAGAGAUGGGAGCGUUUCGUCCUGGGUCUGCUAGCGGGGGACUCAUCGACCCUGGCAGGCCCUGCCUUAGACGCCGGGACAUUCGAUGGUCGGUCGUGGAGAGCGUAAAGGUUGAACGUAUCCCUCUGUUGGCGAGUGCGGGGGACGUCGCCGAUAACGCAUGAGAGAGAUACACGACGGCGGAGAAAGGAGCAAUAAAGAGAUACAUAGAACGACAACCGCACCAAAGAGAGACCAAACUCGCUUAACGAAAGAUAAUUACUUGCUUUUUAUUUAUUUUUAUUAUUAAUGUUGAUUAAUUAUUGUAUUUAUUGGCGCGGAGGGCCGAGACACCUACCGCGUGCUCGGUCCAACCCCUACCGUCCCCGUCCCUCCAACCCUAUCCCUGGAACAAGACCCAGAGGUUUCUCGAUCCUAUUAUAGAUCAUCCUGAAAAGACCAGAUCGCGCAACGUGUAAUUUAGUCCACCAAAAUUCGGUUUAAUAGUUUUGAUUCGCAAUUUAGGCUCAUGGAUCUACGAACAUUUCUCCUCGCCUCCUCCCUUUUACUUCCUUCACCAACUUCAGAGCCCCCGUUAUUGCUCCUUUCUUUUCGAUCGUGACACCGCUGUGUUCAUAAGUCUUCCAAGACGGAGGAUGCCAUUUCGCUUUCUCAUCCCCGUGCUCGUGCAUUUCGUAUCCGAUGAUAAUUAUAGUAGGCGUUUAACAAACCGAUAAUCCGUAGCUUGACCUGAAAUCGCAGGGGAAAAAGUAUCUUCAACACGGUUCGUCGAUACGCACAAGCUCGAUAAGAACAACCUCCAGUGAUUCUUCCCUCUUUGCGUUUCCCAUUCGCGACGCCUUAGAAACCCGAACAAUAUUAGCCCCAACAGUCUUUGUCUGUUCCGCAGAUUGUCCAAAAUUCGAAUUGUUUUCGCCAGCGUUCCUGAAAAGCUUUCGAAAGUGCCUAUCUACCAACGAAUGUUAUUUUUUUAUCAUCUUCGGUCGGUUUCGUUCGGAUCGAAAGAUCGACGCGUCGUUUCCUCGAAACAGCAAAAUGUCGCAUCCCUCCCAUCUUCUUCAGACAGUUUUCAUAGUGGCGAAACGACUCGUAUCUCUUCGGUGAGGUUGCUCACGUUUAAAAUACAUAUUUUGCGUUUGUCGCCCCGAAACGUUUGCUUCACGGUACUUCUCUGGCGAAAGUUUCUCCAUUUUCGUCCCGGUAUUAUCGCGAUACCAGCUACAGGUGUAAACGCGUCCAUAGGCACGUGGAAUGGCAACCCCGUGCAGUCCUGCAUCCACAUUUUGCUCGCUGCUCCGAACAAAUGGCUCGCACCCGCACUCGCUUACGGAUGCAAACCGGAACUUUUUUAACCGGCUUUUUUAUCUAUUUUAUAGUAAUCUCAGCUUAAGCAGAUCAAGAGAGAGAGAGAGAGAAAGAGAGAAAUAGAGAGAAUGAGACGAUUCUUUUGAUAAAAGUGAACAAUAAAAAGUGGAGAGAAAGGAAGAGACGACAGAGAGAAUGAGAGGGAUUUAUGCGCAGCUGACGAACGGUUUGUAAAUUGCGUACAUAACAAAAUAAUAGGUAAAUACCGUCGAC